AAAAGAAGUAAAAGGGUAAAGAUGGAAAAAGGUACAAAUACCCAUACACCUCAUCUACCAAUCAAUCAAGGCUACUAAUUCUUGAUUUUUUUUUCAAAGAAAUUGUGUAUCUGAAAAUUAAUGGUUUUCAAGAAACUUGUAUUGAUGAUGAUGGGUUGUCUAGGAUGUGCUGGUCAGCCCACAGAGCCUUCUACUGAGAAAACUGAAUCCAAAUCACUUAUAGAUGAAUCUGUUGUUGUCACUUCACCUAGAGUCAAACUUGGUGAUGGUAGAUAUCUUGCUUAUAGAGAAAGAGGGGUACCCAAAAACAUAUCCAAAUACAGAAUCAUCAUUGUUCAUGGCUUUGGCAGUUCUAAAGAAAUGAGCUUUAUGGCUUCUGAUGAACUUCUUGAUGAAUUGGGGAUAUACCUUUUGAUCUUUGAUAGAGCUGGAUAUGGAGAGAGUGAUAUAAAUUCAAAAAGGUCGCUUAAAAGUGAAGCGUCUGAUAUUGAAGAGCUAGCUGAUCUGUUGGAAUUAGGAUCCAGAUUCUAUGUAAUAGGUGUGUCGUUGGGAUGUUACCCGGCUUGGAGUUGCAUCAAGCACAUUCCUGGAAGGCUUGCAGGUGUUGCUCUCGUCGUUCCCUUUGUCAAUUAUAAAUGGCGCACACUGCCUAAGGAUCUAGUGAAGAAUGAUUACAGGAAACAACUCUCUCGGUGGGUAAUUUGGAUCACAUGUUAUGCUCGGGGGAUAUUACAUUGGUGGUUGACUCAGAAAGUUUUCCCAUCAGCGUCUGUUCUUGAUGGAAAUCCUCAAUUUUUCUGUGAGAGAGACUUGGAAGUCUUGAAGAACACACCGGGAUAUCAGUUGUUCACUCAGGAUGGCCUUAAGGACCGAAGUGUAUUCGACUCCCUUUGUAGUGACAUUAUUGUAGCUUUUGGAAAAUGGGAUUUUAAUCCGUUGGAGCUAACUGACCCAUACCCACAAAACGAAAGCUCGGUUCACAUCUGGCAAGGUGUCAAAGACAAAGUUGUGCCUGUUCAGUUACAAAGACACGUCUCGCAAAGGCUGCCCUGGAUUCGAUAUCACGAAGUUCCUGACUGUGGUCACUUGCUUGUGUAUGACACUGCAGUGUGUGAAGCUGUCUUGACAUCACUUGUGCUUGGGGAAGAUCCUCCAUUAUACAAGCCAAAGUUAGCAGAUCACUAAGUAUUUAUUCCCUGUAAGUAGAUUGAUUUCUUGAAAUUAAUUAAUACAAGUGUGAUUGAUUUG